UGGGGGCCGGACAUGGCGGCGCGGCCCGGCCCGCGGGAAGAUGAAUAAGGGCUGGCUGGAGCUGGAGAGCGACCCCGGUCUUUUCACACUCCUGGUUGAAGAUUUUGGGGUCAAGGGAGUGCAGGUAGAGGAGAUUUAUGAUCUGCAGAGCAAAUGCCAAGGCCCCGUGUAUGGGUUCAUCUUCCUGUUCAAGUGGAUUGAGGAGCGCCGCUCGCGCCGCAAGGUCUCCACGCUGGUGGACGAGACGUCGGUGAUUGACGAUGACAUCGUCAAUAACAUGUUCUUUGCUCACCAGCUGAUUCCCAAUUCCUGUGCCACCCAUGCCCUGCUGAGCGUCCUCCUGAACUGCAACAAUGUUGACCUGGGCCCCACGUUGAGCCGCAUGAAGGAUUUCACCAAAGGCUUUAGCCCUGAGAGCAAAGGCUAUGCCAUCGGCAACGCCCCGGAGCUGGCCAAGGCCCACAACAGCCAUGCCAGGCCAGAGCCACGGCACCUGCCGGAGAAGCAGAACGGGAUCAGCGCCGUGCGGACCAUGGAGGCGUUUCACUUUGUCAGCUACGUGCCCAUCAAGGGACGCCUCUUUGAGCUCGAUGGGCUGAAGGUCUAUCCCAUUGACCACGGGCCGUGGGCAGAUGACGAGGAAUGGACGGACAAAGCCAGGAGAGUGAUCAUGGAGCGCAUUGGCCUGGCCACUGCAGGGGAGCCGUACCACGACAUCCGCUUCAACCUGAUGGCCGUGGUGCCUGACCGCAGGAUGAAGUACGAGUCCAAGCUGCACAUCCUGAAGAUGAACCGCCAGACCGUGCUGGAGGCCUUGCAGCAGCUUAUCCGAGUAACUCAGCCUGAGCUGAUCCAGACCCAGAAGUCUCAGGAGUCUCAGCCUGGUGAAGAGGCAAAGCCAGCCAGCAGCAAGAUUGUGACUCCAGAGAGCACUCAUCCAGAUGGCACUGAUGAAGCCACCAGCCAGGGCCACCCCACAGCCACGCAGAGCCCACCCAGCAAAUCCAAACCGGUGCCAAAGACAGCAGCGAGCAGCAUCAAUGGGGCCCCUCCAGCAAACCCCAACCCCAUUGUGCAGAGACUGCCAGCCUUCCUGGAUAACCACAACUAUGCCAAGUCCCCCAUGCAGGAGGAGGAAGACCUUGCAGCAGGAGUGGGUCGCAACCGGGUGCCAGUCCGACAGCACCAGCAGUACUCGGAUGAUGAGGAUGACUAUGAUGAUGAUGAUGAGGAGGAAGUUCGUAACACUAACUCAGCCAUCAGGUACAAGAGGAAAGGGCAAGUGAAGCAAGAGCACGUGGCAGGGGCCGCAGAUGGCCAGCUCUCCGUGCUGCAGCCCAACACCAUCAACGUCCUGGCUGAGAAGCUGAAGGAGUCUCAGAAGGACCUUUCCAUCCCCCUGUCCAUCAAGACGAGCGGCGGCGGCGCCGCCGUGGCCGUGGUCACGCACUCCCAGCCGUCCCCCACGCCCAGCAACGAGAGCACAGACACGGCCUCCGAGAUCGGCAGCGCCUUCAACUCGCCGCUGCGCUCGCCCAUCCGCUCGGCCAACCCCACGCGCCCCUCCAGCCCCGUCACCUCGCACAUCUCCAAGGUGCUGUUCGGCGAGGAGGACGGGCUGCUGCGCCUCGACUGCCUGCGCUACAACCGCGCCGUCAGGGACCUGGGGCCCAUCGUCAGCUCCGGCCUGCUGCACCUCACCGAGGACGGCGUCUUCUGCCCGCUGGCUGCUGCAGAUGGGAAAAACUCCCCCUCUUCCAUCAAGCCCGGUGAAGAGGCCCCGGUUGCGAUCAAACUGGAGGAGAAGGAGGGCAGUGAGGCCAGUGACAGCAAAGAGAAGGUGGGACUUGGCAGGACCAGUGAUCACCCUGGGGGGGAAAAGUAUUCUCCCAAGGAGCUGCUGGCACUGCUCAAGUGUGUGGAAGCAGAGAUUGCAAACUACGAGGCCUGCCUGAAGGAGGAGGUAGAGAAGAGGAAGAAAUUCAAGAUCGAUGAUCAGAGGAGAACCCACAACUAUGACGAGUUCAUCUGUACCUUCAUAUCCAUGCUGGCCCAGGAAGGCAUGCUGGCCAGCCUGGUGGAGCAGAACAUCUCGGUGCGCCGGCGGCAGGGAGUCAGCAUCGGCCGCCUGCACAAGCAGAGGAAGCCGGACCGCCGGAAACGCUCCCGCCCCUAUAAGGCCAAGCGCCAGUAGCCAGCCCUGGCAAACAGCAGCUGGGCUUUGUGGCUUUGGGCACUGGCACUUGCAUCUAUGUUACCUUUUGCCCAAGGAAAGGGACCACAGUGACAAGCCCUCUGCCCAGGUGGAGCCUGGGGACAAAGGGAAAUCGGGUUUUUCUCUGCGCCUGAGCUGUGAAAGGCAAGAACCUGUCUGGAGGAGUCCCUGCAGCCAAAGGGAGUCUGGAGUGCUCGGCUGCCUGACCGCACCAUGGCAGCAGCCAGACCUUGUCACCUCUGUCUCAGCGCCCUGGCUGAGGACUGUGACCGGAGGGAAAGAGCCCACCCAGCUGGGGAUGGGUCUGGCCUUGUGGGAACACUGGCAAUGCCCAUGUGAGGCUGUGCUGGCCACAGCUGGCUGUGGCUUGUGUCCUCCAGUGUCUGGGCCUUCAGCUCUGUGCUUCCCUGGGAUGUUCAUGUUUUCAUGAUGUUCAUGUUUUUUAUCCCUCUCCCUCCUUUCCCCAAACUGAUUUUUGGUCCUAACCCAGACUCUGGCCAUUCUUAGCAAGGUGGCUCCAGGACAGAGCUGCUUCUGCACCCACCCCACUGCACUGCCCAGGGC